UCAUUCCUCCAACAUGGAGGCGCUCGGGGGAUACCCCACCAAAUCAUCCGCCACAAGAGCUCGACUUUUCAAAGUCUUACUAAGUGUCGCCGUGUGCAUGGGCUCACUGUAUCUAUUCCAGAGUAAACUAUCAAAGUCGCGAAAACAGAAAGAUUUCUACUCGUACGAAGUGAAGGACGCAAGAGGGAGGAACGUCUCACUGGAGAAAUACAGAGGCAAAGUCUCUCUGGUUGUAAACGUGGCGAGUGGAAGCGAGUUAACGGAGCAGAAUUAUCGGGCUCUGCAAGAACUUCACCGAGAGCUCGGCACGUCGCAUUUCAACGUGCUCGCCUUUCCUUGCGCACAAUACGGUGACACCGAAUUAGGUACCAGUCGAGAAAUUGAGGCUUUUGCAAAAUCCAACUAUGGUGUGACGUUUCCCAUCUUUAGCAAGAUCAAAAUAAUGGGGUCAGAGGCGGAGCCUGCCUUCAAAUUCAUCACAGAUUCAAUCCAGAGAAUACCGAAAUGGAACUUCUGGAAGUUUCUUGUGAAUACCGAGGGACAGGUGGUGCGUUUCUGGAAGCCAGAGGAGCCCAUCGAGGACAUUCGAAAGGAAGCCACAAUGCUUGUGCGGAAUAUCAUACUGAAGAAAAGACAGGAACUGUGAUGCGCAUAAAUACUCAAUGUGAAUCCUCGAGUGUGCACGUUUAAGUGCGUUUAGAUCCUCAGUGGAAAAAUAUGGAGCCGUUUGUCUUGAUGUUAUCAUUGAUAAUUGUUGAAACAGUAGUUUUGGUUAAAGUGAAUGAAACUGUAAGAAGACAUAUGUGUGAUGGUGUGUAAGGUCACUUAAGGGAUAGGUUACCCAAAAAUGAAAAUUGAUAAAAGGAGAUGUUAGGCAGAAUGACCGCCUCAGUCACCAUUCACUUUCAAUUUGCAUUUUGUUUUCUCCAUACAAUGAAAGUGAAUGGGGACUAAGGCUAAUAUUCUGUUCAACAUCUCCUUUUGUGUUUCAUGAAAGAAAGCAAGUCAUACAAUUGUUUGAAACAAUGGGAGGGUGAGUAAAUGAUGACAGAAUUAAAAUUUUUGUUUGAUCUAUACCUUUAAGGCUGUGUGUUUGGGUUUAUGUAUUUAUAAUUUUCUUGUGAUGGAAGUAGGAUUGAAAAGAAAUCACCUUAAAUCUGCAUCUCAUUGAAUGGUAAAAUGGUCUGCACUUAUAUAGCGCCUUUUUAACCUUACCGGUAUUCAAAACGCUUUACGCAUUCACCCAUUCACAAACACAUUUACACACCAAUGAGAGCAGAGCUGCCAUGCAAGGCACUAGCCUGCCAUUUGGAACAACUUGGGGUUCAGUGUCUUGCCCAUGGACACUUCGGCAUGUGGGCCGGGAAUUGAAACACCAACCCUGCGAUUAGUGGACGACUCGCACUACCAACUGAGCCACAGCCGCCCCUUGAAGUCUUUUAGUCUUCAAGCUGGAUGGUUUAGCAAUUUUGAAAGAUGCAAUCAAGAAAUCCAUUGGACAAUCAUACGUUAUUCAAUUGUAUAUGCCACUCUUUUGGAAAAAACUUCAAUGGACAGUUCACUCAUUUAUCAUUUCCUCACCCUCAUGCCAUCUAAGAUGUGUAUAAGUUUAUUUCUUCUAUUGAACAUACAUAUUUUAAGAAGAAUUUUUCAGCUCUGUACGGCUUUGACAAUUUAAUAGUUUAAUUGACCAAAACUUGUUGAGUUUUGCUUAGGAAAUUCACUGAAACUGAUAAUAUUUUGAAGCAUUUCUGUUUCUUAUAUAUACCUAAACACACUUAUAUUGUAUUUUUGUCCACUAGAUGGCAAAAUUGUAAAACAUGACAAAUCUCUCUCAGUACUUAGCCUUGAAAGUUCAGCCUUGUGGGGUUUCCACUUCCUGAAUAUGCUCUGACAUUUCAUGGGCUCAUAGCAUUAAACUCCACGGAAACAUUAUAAAUUAAAAUUUUAUGCAAAGUAUUUCCUAAGCAAACAAGACAAUGUGCCUCUUGUUAUUCAGAGCUUAAACGCUGAAUAAUACAGGUACAUUAUAUUACUCAAAAAACACUAUACCACAUAGCAGAAAAUAAUCUACAGUAAACACACAAUCUCCAUCCUCUCAAGUUAUGAGACCAUGUAAGCAUGAGAAUAAAUUAUAAGAA